AUUUUAAACUAAAAACACAAUAUUAAUUCCAACGCGAAAUCGAAUGGGGAUUGAAAAGCUUCGCACUACUUUCGAAAUCCCUUGCCCAGCAGCCCAGGAGUUUAGUUUCAUUGAGAUACUUCAGCUCAGCCCUUAGACUCGGAACUCCGUCGACACCGACUGACUUCGAGCUGAACUUAAAGCAAGCAAUAAGAUACACACUCGCUCACACACGCACGCACAACCACACACACGAACGGGAUGAACAAGUCGCAGAAGCCCAGCAAGGUGAAGCGGGGCAAGCGGGGCGGGGGCGGGGGCGUUGGCUCCAGAACCCAGCCGCAGGACUUCGUGGAGGCGCAGGUGGAGAACGCGCGCAAGGCGGUGGAGCGCAAGCUGAUCUACCUGUCCGAGUCGAACCGAGGCAGUGCAGCCAGCCGGACGGGCAAGCGGAGCACGGCGGGCGCAGGCGGAGCCGGAGGAGGAGGAGCAGCGGGCGCCGGCAUAGCCGCCCAUGCCCAAGGUCCGCGUCGCAGGCGCAGCAGGAGGAGUCCGGCAGAGGCUUCAGUCCAGGAAGGAGGAACCGACGAGGAGGAGAGAUCGCCGCUGGAGAAGACGUACAAGCACGAGAACAGGAAGCGCAGCAGUUACAGUUUGUUGCUGUCUCCACGUCGCAACGGUCUUACGCCCCGGAACUACGAGGCCGAGGAGGCGGAAAUGGCUGCCACACUGGCCGCCCAGCGGACGUCCAGCGGCACGACGAAGCCGGGCCAAGCCGGCGGCGAUGCCGGGGAGUAUCGGACGGGAACCUUUGGCCGCCUGCAGCUGAAGCCGCUGAGCAGCUAUGCCACGGACCAGCAGCUGCCCAGCUACUCGUGCGGCGUUUGCGGGGCCAAGUUUCACAUCCGUUCGCUGCUGGGCGCCCACCGGCACAUCCACGACGAUGACUUCAAGGUGCGCUUCCGCGGACGGCGACCGCGGGAGAGCAGCACCGCCCUGACCGCCGUACAUCUGUGCAAGCACUGCGAUCGCUCCUUCGACCUGGAGCGCACGCUGCACAUCCACCAGCUGAGCCACUGCAAGAAGAUACCGCCGCAGCUGCGGCGCAAGUUGGCCUUCACGGAGCUGGCGCACGAGAAGAAGGCGCCGCUGCCCAACUUCCAGCGGGCACAGCACUCGGUUCACCAACAGGGAAACAGCGCCGCCACCAAGCAGCCACAGAUGACGCAGCAGGAGAAGCUCCAAAAGAUCAUCAUGCGCGAGUCGGCGGUCCACGAGCGCUGGCGCUAGUCGGUUCUCAUCGCCAAUCGCCAGUCGCCAAUCCCCGAUGCCCAUCCCCACCAGAAACUGGCAGCAGAACCAACGCUUGCUUCCGAAGAUCAGGAAAACCAUGUAGAAACGAAGGGAAAAUUGUUAAGUGUAGGGCAUGUAACUGAGCGGCAUAACUGGAAUAGGAGACUCACCUGUUCCG